AUGCGUAAUCAGAGAAUACACACAGGAGAAAAACCUUAUUGCUGUGGUCAAUGUGGGAAGAGUUUUGUUUGCUCAUCAGGCAUUAAAAUUCAUCAGAGAAUACACACAGGAGAGAAACCUUAUUGUUGUGGUCAAUGUGGGAAGAGUUUUGUUCGAUCUGGCCAUCUGACCGUGCACCAGAGAAUACACACAGGAGAGAAACCGUAUAGUUGUGAUCAAUGUGGGAAGAGUUUUUGUCAAUCUAGUGAUUUGACAGUGCACCAGAGAACACACACAGGAGAUAAACCUUAUAGCUGUUGUCAAUGUGGGAAGAGUUUUACUAAAUCUGUCUCUCUGACAGUGCACCAGAGAAUACACACAGGAGAGAAAUCUUUUAGCUGUGAUCAAUGUGGGAAGAGUUUUGUUCGGUCUGGCCAUCUGACAUUACACCAGAGAACACACACAGGAGAGACUCCUUAUAGCUGUGAUCAAUGUGGGAAGAGUUUUAUUACAUCUGGCAUUCUGUCACGACACCAGAGAAUACACACAGGAGAGACUCUUUAUAGCUGUGAUCAAUGUGGGAAGAGUUUUACAGGAUCUAGCGAUCUGACAAUACACCAGAGAACACACACAGGAGAGAAAUCUUAUAUCUGUGAUCAUUGUGGGAAGAGUUUUGGUCAAUCUGGGAUGCUGACUGUUCACAGGAGCACACACACACAGGAGAGAAAUCUCUAA